CAUAAUGAAAAGAAAUUAGGGCUUUUGUGCUCGUUGCCAUUCGUUGAUCGGUCAAAGGAAAAGAACGGAUCGAAGGCAAGACAAAACGAACGCUUUCGGUGGUCCAUCUACCGAGCAAAGAAGAAGAAAUACGGGAUCGAAAUCAUAAGAAGGAAACACGAGGGUGGCGGCUCUGCAUCGGUGUCCUUGCUCGUCGCAGCUCACGAAGAAGACCAAAGGAAGAAGAAGCUCGCAUGCGGCUAAUCUGGAUGUUUUGGUCGAUUGAUCGCGAAGGGAGUGUCUCAGGGGGUCGACGGGGCCGAAGUGACAGAGGGAAGAGCAGAGAGGCUGCGCUCUUUCUGUCUGGUAGCACGGGGCGAAAGGGAAAGAGAUUAAGUGGUUUUUGGAUCGAGGGUUUGGUGUGGCUAAGAGGUUGCGAAGGGAAGGAAAAGGAGAACAGAAGCAGCGGUGCUUUUGGUGGUCUCGAAAUCAACCUAAGUGGGCGUUUGGGUUUGAUAUUUGGCAGGAAAGAAGGAAGAAGAACGAUGGUGAUGAGAUUAUCUUGUUGCUUGCAAUCGAUGGGAAGAAGAAAACAGGGCUGCCUCUUCUUGACUUUCACAGGGAAAGAAGAAGCAAACUAGAGGUAUAAGAGUUUACGGGAAGUUUUGGAUGUUGGAUUUCUUUUGUGUAUGGUUUUGUAUAAAAAUAUUCAAUUUGUGUGUAAAAUUGGGUGUGAUGAAAUGUGAAAGUAAAGUCAUGGUUUUUGGCUAUCAAUUUAGUGUACCUUGAGUCAAUUUUGCAAACAUUGUUUUGGUUUAAUGAUUCAUGUAUUUGUAGAGAUUUAAGCAAUGUAUUUGUGAUGAUUUGGUAUGUAUUUAUGUAUGCAUUGAUGUAUUAUUCGAGGUUUUUGUA